CGCCUGGAAAGUUUGGGGCGGAGAGUCACAGUUAACUACGUUGAAGGAUCAAAACAUUUUUACAUUUCUCAGAUUUUUUUGGGGCUCUUCAGAAGUGGAAAAUGUCGGGAGUCGCCUCUACCCUGGCCAAGAAGAGAGCGCAGGCUGCAGGGUUCGGAACUAACGCCAAUGCCACCAAAUACCUCAACCAGGACUUUGAGGCGCUCAGGAGACAGUGUCUCAGCGGAGGGACCCUGUUCUCAGACCCGAGUUUCCCAGCCGCACCCGAAUCCCUGGGCUUUAAAGAGCUCGGACCCAGCUCGUACAAAACCAGAGGAAUAGUCUGGAAAAGACCUGGGGAGCUGUGCUCAAAACCAGAAUUCAUCGUCGGUGGAGCUACACGGACAGAUAUCUGUCAAGGAGCUCUGGGUGACUGCUGGCUGCUAGCAGCCAUAGCCUCUCUGACCCUGAAUGAGGAUGUUCUGGCACGAGUGGUGCCCGCUGGACAGAGCUUCGGUGACAGUUAUGCUGGAAUCUUCCAUUUCCAGUUCUGGCAGUUUGGCGAGUGGGUGGAUGUUGUCAUUGAUGACCGGCUGCCGGUGAAAGAUGGCAAGUUGGUUUUUGUUCACUCCGCUGAGGGAAACGAGUUCUGGAGCGCCCUGCUGGAGAAGGCCUAUGCGAAGGUGAACGGCUGUUAUGAAGCUCUGUCUGGAGGAUCCACCAGUGAAGGUUUCGAGGAUUUCACUGGAGGCAUCGCUGAGAGCUACGAGCUGAGCAAAGCUCCUUCCAACAUGUUUCAGAUCAUCCAGAAAGCUCUGGAGGCUGGAGCUUUGCUGGGCUGCUCCAUCGACAUCACUAGUGCCUCUGAUUCAGAAGCCGUCACCCGUCAGAAGCUGGUGAAAGGUCACGCUUACUCCCUCACGGGGGCGACCGAGGUGAACUAUCGUGGCCGCAAGGAGAAGCUGGUUCGUAUGCGCAACCCUUGGGGGCAGGUGGAGUGGACUGGAGCCUGGAGUGAUGGUUCCUCCGAAUGGAAUAAUAUUUCUUCAGAGCGGCCGAACGCCAGCGCUGAGGAUGGAGAAUUCUGGAUGUCAUUCUCAGAUUUCCUCAGCCAUUACUCUCGUAUAGAGAUCUGCACACUGACCCCAGAUGCCAUCACCAGCGAUUCGGUUAAACACUGGGCUGUGACUAACCACGACGGCACAUGGAGGAGAGGCUCCACUGCUGGGGGAUGCAGAAACAACGCUUACACAUUCUGGAUGAAUCCUCAAUAUGUGAUUAAACUGGAUGAAGAAGAUGAUGAUCCAGAUGAUAAUGAGGUGGGCUGCAGUUUCGUGGUGGGUUUGAUCCAGAAGAACCGGCGCCGUCUGAGGAAAGCAGGAGAGGACAUGCACACUAUUGGCUUUGCUAUUUAUGAGGCGAGUAGAGACACAAGGAGUAUCUACACAUUUUUUCAAGGUCAGCGUGACGUGCACCUCGAUAAGAACUUCUUCCUGACACAUGCGCAGAAAGCUCGCUCUGAGACGUUCGUUAACCUGAGAGAGGUCUGCACACGCUUCAAGCUGCCUCCUGGAGAGUACCUCGUCGUGCCGUCCACCUUCGAACCCAACAAGGACGGAGACUUUUGCCUGCGCGUCUUUUCCGAAAAACAGACCGAAACACUACCAUGUGAUGACCCUGUGGAUGCUGAACUACCUGAUGAGACUGUCUCAGACAGUGAAGUUGAUUCUGGAUUCAGAGGCAUGUUCGUAAAACUCGCCGGAGCUGACAUGGAAAUCUCAGCCGCAGAGCUCACGACCAUCUUAAACAAAAUCAUCGCGAAACGAACUGACAUAAAGACGGACGGCUUCAGUUUGGAGACGUGUCGUAUCAUGGUGAACCUCAUGGAUGACAAUGGGAAUGGAAAACUUGGUUUGGGAGAGUUCGCCACUCUCUGGAAGAAAAUUCAGCGAUACCUUGGAAUUUACAAGAAGAAUGACAUGGAUAAUUCAGGAACCAUGAGCACUCCAGAGCUGCGUUUGGCGCUGAAAGAAGCCGGUUUCACUCUUAAUAACACUAUAUUUCAGCUACUAGUAGCACGUUAUGCCGAGACAGACAUGACUCUUGACUUUGAUAACUUUGUGGCCUGUCUCAUGCGUCUGGAGAUGAUGUUCCGGGUGUUCAAAAAGCUGGAUCCUCACCACAGUGGCUUCAUUGAGCUGGACUUUGUGCAGCUCGUGGCCCACUCAAGGAACCUAAGUAUGUAUUCAAUUGGAGGAGUGUCGUCGCGUAUUUACAAGGAACGGCUUCAGGCAGAAGGGAUGGGAACCAAUGACAAUGCGGUCAAGUUCCUGACCCAGGACUACGAGGAGCUGAAGAGAGAGUGUCUGGAGAGCGGCAAGCUGUUUGAGGACCCUUGCUUUCCCGCCGUGCCUCAGUCACUGGGCUUCAAGGAGCUCGCGCCACACUCCUCCAAAACACAGGGUGUGCAGUGGAUAAGGCCCACUGAGCUGUCAGACAACCCUGAGUUCAUAGUGGGCGGAGCCACACGUACAGAUAUUUGCCAGGGGGCUCUAGGUGACUGUUGGCUAUUAGCUGCCAUCGCAUCCCUGACUUUAAACGACAGGCUGCUUCACAGAGUUGUUCCUCAUGGACAAAGCUUUACGGACGAGUAUGCCGGCAUCUUUCAUUUCCAGUUCUGGCAGUUUGGCGAGUGGGUGGAUGUUGUGAUCGAUGACCGUUUGCCUGUGAAGGAGAAAGAGCUGAUGUUUGUUCACUCAGCAGAGGGAAAUGAGUUUUGGAGCGCCUUGCUGGAAAAAGCCUAUGCCAAGCUAAAUGGCUCAUAUGAAGCUCUGUCAGGAGGGUCCACCACUGAAGGUUUUGAGGACUUCACGGGUGGAGUGGCUGAGAUGUACGAGCUGCGUCAAGCUCCCAAAGACUUGCACCGCAUAAUUGCCAAAGCCUUGGAGAGAGGCUCACUGUUGGGCUGCUCUAUUGAUAUCACCAGUGCCUUUGAUAUGGAGGCUGUAACCUUUAAGAAGCUGGUGAAGGGGCAUGCGUACUCCGUCACGGGUCUCAGAGAGGUGAAUUUCCGUGGCAGCAGAGAGAGGCUGAUCCGCAUCCGAAACCCUUGGGGGCAAGUUGAAUGGACAGGGGCUUGGAGUGACAAUUCGUCUGAGUGGAAUGGGAUUGAUCCAGCAGAGAGAGAGGAAAUGAACAACCACAUGGAGGAUGGCGAGUUCUGGAUGCCAUUUCAGGAGUUCAAACGUCAAUUUUCUCGUCUGGAGAUCUGUAACCUCACACCAGACGCUCUGAGUGAAGAUUCUCUGAAUUUCUGGAACACGAUUAAGUUUAACGGCACCUGGAGGAGAGGAAGUACAGCAGGGGGCUGCAGGAACAACCCCAAUACAUUCUGGAUAAACCCUCAAUAUAAGAUCACGCUGCUGGAGGAAGAUGAUGAUCCUGAGGAUGAUGAGGUGGCCUGCAGCUUCCUGGUGGCCUUAAUGCAGAAGGACAGGCGACGUUACCGCAAGCAAGGGCAGGACAUGCACACCAUUGGCUUCGCUUUAUAUGAGGUCCCAGAAGAGUUUCAUGGUUCCCAGAGCGUUCACCUCAAGAAGGACUUUUUCUUGCGUCACUCAUCCUGCGCUCGCUCAGAAACCUUCAUUAACCUGCGGGAAGUCAGCACACGACUGAAGCUGCCACCUGGCGAGUAUCUCGUAGUCCCUUCCACUUUUGAGCCCGGAAAAGAGGCCGAUUUUGUCCUGCGAGUCUUCACUGAGAAACAGUCAGAAACUCAAGAAAUGGAUGAUGAGAUUUCAUUUAACCUGGAAGAUGAAGAGGAGGUUGCAGAGGAGGACAUGGAAGACUCUUUUAAAAAGCUGUUUGCGCAGCUGUCUGGAGAAGAUAUGGAGAUUUCAGUUCAUGAGCUCAGGACCAUUCUGAACCGAGUGGUUGGCAAACACAGGGACGUGAAGACAGAUGGGUUCAGUUUGGAGUCGUGUAGGUGCAUGGUCAGCCUGAUGGAUAAAGAUGGCAGUGCACGGCUGGGAAUUGUGGAGUUCCAGAUUCUGUGGAAUAAAAUCAGGAAGUGGCUGGGCAUUUUUAGACAGUUUGAUCUGGAUAAAUCUGGCACAAUGAGCUCGUAUGAAAUGCGCCUCGCCGUGGAGUCAGCUGGUUUUAAACUCAGUAACAAGCUACAUCAAGUAAUUGUGGCACGAUAUUCUGAUGGAGAUACGAUUGACUUCGACAAUUUUGUCUGUUGCCUGGUCAAACUGGAGGCUAUGUUCAGGUCUUUUAGAGAGCUGGACAAAGAGGGCUCAGGCGUCGCAGAGCUCAAUGUUAGUGAGUGGCUGUACCUGACCAUGUGUGGUUGAGGUGUGAAGAUCAUAUCGUUCUGAACUAGAAGGGUCAAAAUCGUUCCCUCAGCUGCAGCUUUAAGCCAUUACACCCAAAGAUGCCUGAGCAAUACAGUGCAUACUGCCUAAUAACAUAUCCAAACUAACCAUCACAUGAGCCUUUGGCACUAUAUGCUUUUUGAUUAAAAAUUGGAUAUCCUCAUUAUGCAAGAUGCAUUUAUCAAUUAUAAAUGUUAACAGAAAAAUCACUUGCAGCAUUUUAGAGAGCAUCUUAACAUAGCAGUGCAUGCCACUAAGCUCAUGCUGUAGGUUAUGUUACUGUAUACCUCACAUAUGUAGCUUAACUUAGCAUUUGAAGUUUGCACCAUUAAGGCCUUGAAAAUUAAAGAAAUGUAAUUUUUAUUUGAUCUAGUCAAUGUAUGAUUUUGAUAGCAUUUAUGAUCACUGUGCUGUGCAGUUAUCUUAUAGGAUAAUCAGGGAGUUGUGCUACACUAGAUUUUAUGCUGCUUUUUAAUUUGGGGAGGUGAAAAUAAAGGAUAAAUAUAACU